AUGCAGAUUAUUGAAGUACCAGUUGUGAUUGUAGGUGCAGGACCUGCUGGAAUAGCAACCGCAGGGUGCCUCAACAAACUCAGAAUCUCUAAUAUUGUUCUUGAAAGAGAUGAUUGUCCUGCUUCUCUUUGGAGAAAAAGAGCCUAUGAUCGUUUGAAACUACACUUAGGAAAAGAAUUUUGUAGCCUUCCACAUUAUCCUUUUCCUUCUGACUUUCCCAAAUUUAUCCCUAGAAUUGAUUUCUUGCGCUACAUUGACUCUUACAUCGUGCAUUUCGGCAUUGCCAUCAACUACAACUGCUCUGUUGACUCUGCUUUCAUUGACCAAAGCAGUGGAAAGUGGAGGCUCCUUGUUACCAACAACUCUUCUAGUGCCAGUGAGAUCUAUGAGGCAGAGUUUCUGGUGGUUGCGAGCGGAGAGAAUAGUGAAGAGUACAUCCCAAACAUUAAAGGGCUUGAGAGCUAUCAAGGAGAGUCCAUGCAUUGUAGCAAGUAUUUGAAUGGAAGAGAAAUGUACAAGAAGAAUGUUUUGGUUGUUGGAUGUGGCAAUUCUGGCAUGGAAAUUGCUUAUGAUCUUUCAAUUUGGGGUGCAUAUACCUCUAUUGUCAUCAGAAGUCAGGUACAUUAUUUUACUAAAGAAAUGGUGUAUGCGGGUAUGUUGAUGCUGAAACACUUUAUGGUGGAAAAAGUGGACAAGAUGAUGGUUCUUAUGAGCAAAUUGAAGUAUGGGAAUAUGUUUAAGUAUGGUUUGACGAGGCCAAAUGAGGGACCUUUUGCACUCAAAAUAAAAGGUGGUACUACUCCUACCAUUGAUGUUGGUUGUGUAGAAAAAAUUAAGAAGGAAAAAGUGAAGGUUUAUCCUGGUAUUUCAAGUAUCAAAGAAGGUAAGGUCGUUAAAUUUGUUGAUGGACAACAUGCUCAUUUUGAUGUAAUCAUCUUUGCUAUUGGAUACAAAACCAAUGUGCUGAAGUGGCUUAAGGAUUACAAGAAUCUAUUCAAUGAGAACGGAAUGCCAAAACCAAAUUACCCAAAUCAUUGGAAAGGAGAACAUGGAAUUUACAGUGCUGGAUUUUCAAAAAGAGGAUUAGAAGGUAUCUCAUUUGAUGCGAUGAAAAUAGCAAAUGAUAUCAACUUCAUUUUGACUUCAAGGGUAACUGUUUCCGCUUCUUUUGCUGGACAAAAGGCAACAUUCAAAUGCAACCCUCAAACCUUGGGACCUUCGAUUCAGCCCAUUGAUAAGCUUGUUGACUGGUCAUUACAAAGUCUUGCUCGAUCUUCUUUGCCCAAAGGGCUCUCUUUCGAUGUUGACUUUUCUUCGAAGACAUAUGCUUAUUGA